CGCUCUUAUUAGGCGCUGACGGUAGGCGGCAGCCGGCAGACGGCAGUCGGCACCAGCCACCGGGUCAGUGGACACUCUAGUGUCAUCUGAUUCACUUGAUUAGUAAAUAGUGUAAUAAAAAAGAUUGAGGUGAAGUGUUGUGCAGUGUACUUUAAAUUACCAGUUUGCAAACAAGUGUUUGUAUUUUGUAGUGAAUGUAUUAGACAGUAGACACCAUAAUAAUUGUUAUAGAUAAACUCAAAGUAGUGCAGUCACACUAUGGCUGAUACUAUGAAAAUAAAAGAUAUAAAGGACGAAAAACCUAAAACAGCAUACUACGUAGUGCAGUUUCUAGAAAGGCCAUAUGCUUAUUUGGGUGAAUUUAUUUAUAUACCCAAACAAGACAUUCUUCAAGCGAAAGAUACAGGUUACAUUGUGUUCACAUAUCCCAUCGAUCCAUCCAUGAAGAAUAAUGAAGCUCAUUAUGAUAAAUGGCCUUAUUUCUUGGGUAAACUGCAUAGUGCGACAGAUUCUGCACAAAAGGCAAAAGAUAUUUGUAAAGACCUGAACUCUCGGAAACCAGAUUAUGAAGAUGGAGAUUUAAAAGAUCCUGAGGAUAAUCCAGCUGAUUUAGAAAAAAAUGGAAAAAAGCGGAAGGCUGAAACAAAACAUACGACAAACAAAAAAAAACUUGAAGAAACGACAACACCUAAAGAUAUAGAAGUUUUAGACGAUGAUAGUAUGUUAACGCCAGAUCUUUUGACAACUUUAACGAAACAAUUGGAAUCCUGCGAAAAACAAGAGCAAAAACUAAACGAAGCUAUAAAAUUAAUUCACCAGAAAUCUUGUGCGUUUAAAGAAUUUAUAGAAAAACUCAAAUCUUACAACAAUCAAGAUAAUACCGUCGAUGAUACACACGAGGAGCUACUCAAAAUAAUCAAAGAGCAAGUUAAACUAAUCAAAGAACUUAAAUUGCAACUGGAAAGGAAAAAUGGGACUGAUUUUGCAAAUCACAAAGAAAAUUCUGUUACUCGAUGGACUUUGAGAUAUCCUAAAGAAACUAACGAUGCAUUCGAGUUACUAGCUGGCAGUGGUGUGUAUAUAAAUGGUGUAGCAUGUUACUACAUUAUAAGGGCGGCACAAACGAGAACUGAACUGGCUCGCAUGUUUUUACACGAGAUAUUCAUAGAUAAAGCUUUAAAAAGAGGCAAUUUUUCUUCACUGGAUUCACACGCUAUAAAUAUUUUGGUAGAAGCUUCUGCAAGUAUAACCCGACAUAAGGGCGAUAGAUUUGAAGAUGUUUCAAAAGACAAAAUUGUAAGAUCCAUCAGAAACCGGCUUUUUAAAAAAAAACCAGCUUAAAUGUAAAGCCAGAUUAAGUGAUUGUAUUGAUACGUUUAUCUGGUUAGUUUUUAAUGCAAUUGGACGAUAGCUUCUAAGAAUUGUUAGGUUAAGAAGAUGGCAGGACCAAUUGGCUACCCAUUAUCUGUCAUAUUAUGACAAAGUGUGUCAAUGGUCUUCCCUUCAAUUGCAUUUUGAUUAUUUUUUAUUGAUUUUAGCUUAAUCAUUAUGUUGGUAUUUCACGUGCCAUAUUAUUGUCUAAUAUUUAUAUAUUUUUGCGUAUAUAAGCCACAAAUCUAGGCUAGAUUAAAUACAAAUGGCAGAUUGUACCUCAGGAAAGAGCUUGUGAUAAUCGCAACUGUAAUAGUUUAUUUAAGGGACGAGUCCAGGGUUCGAAUAUAUGAAAUAUAUGAGUGAAAAGCACAAUAGGCUUUUUAAAGUAAGCAUUUAUAUUUGUCUCACUUAUCAAAAUUAUAAGUGUUUGAAAUGUUUUUAAACCUUUAAUAUUGUUAAAUAGUGAGAGAUAGAUAAGAAAUACAUAGGUAUAUUAAACUAAUAUUAAUUAUCAGAACUGUUAUAAACUAAGAUUUAAUACCUACUACCUCAGUUGAAUGCCUACUAUGAAUUUUUCAUGUAUAGUAGAUAGUCAUAUUUUUUACAAACAUACAAUUAAUGUAAGUGAUAAAUAUUGUACUUUUUUGCUAAAUACUUAAUAGAAUCGGCCGGCAACGCACCCACUAAAAAUGGGUGUACAUGGGCUGCGAUGACUGCUCUUUUUGGGCGCACCGUAGGCGGUUUUGCCGCCCUAUUCUAUAAAAAUAAAAAAUAAAAAU